UGUAACUGCUUGACCUGUCACUCUAACAUUAUGAGUGUGUUUUGCGGGUGAUCAACACUGAUCAACAUUGGGUAACCUGAGAAAACGACUACUGACAAUUAUAUGGAAAUUGAGUAAUGUGAUAGCAAUGCAAGUGGCUUUUUGGCUCUGGAAAGAAGAUGAAGCAGUUCCGUCUCGUUGAACCUGUGGUUGCCGUGUACUGUUUUGCAAGCUUUGUAAGCUUUCCACUAGGCCAACAAUAUAUAUAUCACAGGCUAUGGAAUGAGGAGUUCAACUCCAGUGUUCCGUACAGUGACAAUGUAUCACAGUGUGAGACCAAUCAAAGCAGCCCCAACUUUAUUCAUCAAAAGGAAGUUCAGAAGCAAGCAUCAUUUUUUUCUACCAAGUUGGAUUUAAGUGCUCUUAUACCAAGCCUUGUGAUGUCUUUAAUCCUUGUAUCGUAUGGAGAUCGACAUGGACGCAAAGCAUCCCUACUUUUGCCCUCAAUCGGUGGCUUAUUGUCUGUAGGAGUUUAUUUUUCUGCCUCCUUCUUUUCUCUGCCCUUAGAAAUAUUAUACGCGUCCACUGUCAUCAGUGGUCUCCUUGGAAGCUUCGCAACAUUCAUUGGGGGGUGUUUUUCUUACGUAGCAGAUACAGCUAGAGAUGUUCAGAGCAAAAACAUACGGAUCGCUUUUCUAGAUAUGGUCCUAGGCGUUUCAAGUGGCAUUGCAGGAAUUGCAUCUGGAUAUUUUAUGAGAGAAUUUGGUUUUAAAGUGUCAUUUGCCAUCCCAGCGUUACUUCACAUAAUUAACAUUUUUUAUAUUGUUUUUUUACUGGAAGAAACUGUUAAAAAAGCAGAAUAUCAACAAGAUGUUUUCAGCAAAGAAGGAUUUAAGGAACUCUUUUCCGGAGUGUACUAUAUGUUUAAACAUGCAUCUUGCAAGAAUCGGGUUGUUAUAAGUCUCUUGCUGUUUGCGUUCAUGUUCUACUUAUUUGCCAAUUUGGGACCAAGUUCCCUAUUUACACUGUAUGAGCUGGACUCGCCCCUAUGUUGGAAUUCUGUUCUCAUCGGAUGGGGAUCAGCCUUCUCCACAUUUUGCUUUGUGGCAAGUUUUUUGGGAGUUUACUUCUUUUCCCGAUGUCUUCAAGAUGCAUACAUUGUCUUUAUUGGAAUGAUCUCCUGGAUAACAGGAGUAAUCUUGGCUGCUUUUGCGCAUACCACUGUCUUUAUGAUGCUAGUGAGAAUCCCACUACUUUUUGCCGCUAUGCCUCUACCAGUGCUGAGGUCUAUGAUGUCUAAAGUGGUUUCUGAAAGUCAACAAGGAGCACUGUUUGCCUGCAUUGCAUGCUUGGAGAGUUUAACUGGAAUCCUGGGACUGGCAGUUUUUAAUACUAUUUACGCAUCCACAGUUACGUGGUUUCCUGGAUUUAGUUUUCUGCUAUCAGCUGGGCUCUGCCUACUUCCUUUUGGUGUUGUAUGGCUCUUGCUCUGCAUUGGUUACCAAGAACGAAAUCACGUCCUUCUUGUUAAUGAGGAUGUAUCUACCGAAGAGGAAUCUUGACUGAUGAAGACCUGCCAGCCAUGCACUUUACAGAAAAAACAUCUUGUUUUGAUUUCUGCAGGAAUUAUUAAUAGACUAGCAAUCCCUCAGUGUCUGAAAUAACUACUGAUAAAUAGGCAAAAGGAAAGCCAUCACCUAUAAUAUUUCUUAAAUAGUGCUUGUGAUUUUUUUGGGGUUACCUUAUU